AUGGCAAACGCCACUAUCAUAGAACUCAAAGCGACCACUGAACCGUUGAAGUUCAGUACACCUCCUCUUAAUCAACUGCUGAAUCAGAUAACCAGCAUCAAGUUGGAGAGAGGUACUUUUAUGUUAUGGAAGACGUUAUCUCUUCCUAUCCUGAAAGGAUACAGACUUGAAGGUCAUCUAUCCCGAACAAAGGUAUGUCCUCUUAUGUUCAUUUUGUCUACUUCAUCAGUAGCUAAACCUGGAGAAGUAGACUCUCAAGCCUCAGAAGGAGCUUUGAGCUCCACCUACAUGAAGUCCUUGAACCCACAGUAUGAAGCUUGGGUUACAGCAAAUCAACUUCUAUUAGGGUGGUUAUACAACUCAAUGACUCGUGAAGUUGUUGUACAGCUGAUGGGGUACAAGAGCGCUAAGAGUCUAUGGGAUGCCAUACACUUGUUGUUUGGAGUUCAGUCGAGGGCAUAA